AUACGCCAUGGCUUUUUGAUAAAUUUUUUUUUUUUCUUUUUUUUUUUAGACUAUAAAAAGUCGGAAAUAAAUUAACGAACCUUCACGAACUAAUUUCUUAAAAAAAUGUAUCAACAAAUUGAUCAUAUUGCUAUUAAUACUAUUCGUACGCUUGCCGCGGAUGUUGUAAGAAAAGCUAAUUCUGGACACCCUGGUGCUCCCAUGGGAUGCGCUCCUAUGGCCCAUGUUCUUUUCUCCAAUUUUAUCACAGCCAACCCAGAAAAUCCGAAAUGGCCCAACCGUGAUCGUUUUGUCUUAUCCAAUGGUCAUGGAUGCGCGUUGCAGUAUAUCUUGCUUCAUUUACUGGGAUGUAAUCUAACAAUAGAUGAUUUAAAACUGUUCCGUCAAACCGAUAGCAAGACUCCUGGUCAUCCAGAAUGUCACUUAACUGAAGGCAUUGAAGUAACUACCGGUCCACUUGGGCAGGGUUUUAGUAAUUCCGUAGGUUUGGCCAUUGCCCAAGCUCAUUUCGCUGCUGUUUUUAACCAACCAGGGUUUGAUUUAUUCACGAAUCACGUUUACGUGAUUGUUGGCGAUGGCUGUCUUCAAGAAGGUGUUGCUUCUGAAGCGGCUUCCCUUGCAGGACAUUUGCAACUCGGCAAUCUAAUCGCUCUCUAUGAUGAUAAUCACGUGUCUAUCGAUGGUGACACAGAAGUUAGUUUUACUGAAGACGUUUGUAAACGUUUCGAAGCUUAUGGAUGGCACACUCAAGUGAUCGCGGAUGGCGAUAAUGAUCUUGAAGGCAUUACUAAGGCUAUUGAAAAUGCCAAGAAAGUGACAAAUAAGCCUUCAUUAAUUAAGAUUAGAACUAUCAUUGGCAUUGGUUCAAAAAAUGAAGGUACUGAAAAAGUUCACGGAGCUCCGUUAGCACCCGAUGAUAUUGUCGAAGUCAAAAAGAAAUUCGGAUUUGAUCCGGAAAAAUUCUUCCACGUACCUAAUGAGGUUUAUGAACUUUAUGGUCAAUACCGUGAAAAAGGCAAAGCCGCCGAAGCUCAAUGGAAUAAACUAUUGGAGAACUACACUGCUAAAUUCCCAGAGAAGGGUAAUGAAAUCAAACGUAGAUUCAGUAAUAAAUUGCCAGAGGGUUGGGAAAAACAUCUGCCACGUUAUACGCCAUCUGAUCCCGCAGUUGCUACAAGAAAAUUAUCUGAAAAUGUGUUAAAUAAGAUCGCUGAUGCUAUACCAGAGCUUAUUGGUGGUUCAGCGGAUUUAACAGGCUCUAAUUUAACACGUUGGAAAACGGCGGUUGAUUUUCAGCCCCAAUCAACGGGUUUGGGUAAUUAUUCAGGACGCUACAUUAGAUAUGGUGUUCGUGAACAUGGCAUGUUUGGUGUAAUGAAUGGUCUUACUGCUUAUGGAGGUUUAAUCCCUUUCGGUGGUACUUUCUUGAACUUUAUUAGCUAUGGAUUGGGAUCUGUUCGAUUAGCGGCUCUUUCUUCUUUUCGUGUACUUUAUAUAAUGACUCAUGAUUCAAUCGGUUUGGGUGAGGACGGACCUACUCAUCAACCCAUUGAAACAGUCGCUGGUCUACGUGCAUUACCAAAUAUUUUGGUUUUCCGUCCAGCAGAUGGCAAUGAAGUGUCUGGGGCUUACCUUGCAGCAAUUAGCAAUCUCAAUAGACCAUCAGUAUUUUGUCUUUCUCGACAAAAUUUACCCCAUUUAGAAGGAUCAUCUGUUGAGAAUACCCUUAAAGGAGGUUAUGUAUUGAAAGAAUGUACGGAUGCAAAAAUCACUUUAACCGGUACUGGAUCCGAAAUAUCAAUCGUAGUUGAAGCAUCCAAAAAAUUAGAAUCUGAGGGAGUUAAAACACGUGUAGUAUCUUUACCGUGCUUUGAACUUUUUGAAGAACAAAGCAUUGAUUAUAAGUCGUCAGUUUUUCCCGAUGGUAUUCCAAUUUUAAGUGUUGAAGCGCUAGCAACUUUUGGUUGGUCAAAAUUUGCUCACGCAAAUAUUGGCAUGACAAUUUUUGGUUCUUCUGGACCUUAUCAACAACUUUACAAGAAAUAUGGUUUUACGGCUGAAAAUAUUUCUGAAAAAGCAAAGAAAACUAUAGAAUUUUAUCAAACGACUCCUGUUCCAUCGGUUAUUCACAAACCUUUUUAAAAAACACGUAUACAUAUAAAUAUUACUGUUUAAGUUAAGAAACCAAUUUUUGUUGUAAUUUAUGUAAAAACUGUAAGCUUUAUUUAAUAAAUUUAUAAAUUUGUUCCGCAUGAUGCUUUUUA